UCUGGAGCAUGGGAGCGGACCCCCAGAACCAUAGCCCUAGCGUAGAAGAAUCUCAAUUUCAACAGAUUGUCACCCAAAGUCAGUUUUAAAUACAUAGUGGGAACUGGGAAGGUAAAGCGUGUCGAUUGGGAAGGAUCUGAUCCGAAGAUGCGGUGCUCAAGGCGUUUCCUCUUCCAGAUGUGUCUGAGUUUGCUGGUGUCCACGGGCUCCUGUCGGUGCAAGCCACUGAACGAUGUCCUCCAAAGUGAAGAUCGCGGGGGCUUCCCUGAGACUUCCGAGCAGGACCUGGUCGAAGAGGAGGACAGGUUACACAGCUUUCUGGGAACCAUGAAGGAAGAGUUUCUGAGGAAACUCAAUUUAUCCGAUGUCCCACAGGAGCACGGCAAGAUAUACCCGCCGCCGUUCAUGAUUGAACUGUACAACAAGUAUGCCUCCGACGCGUCCUCGAUGCCUCGUUCUGAUGUAAUUCGCAGCUUCACCGUUCAAGAUGUCAGUCACUCUGAAAAAAAUGGCACCAAGUCAAAACACAGACUUCUGUUCAAUGUAACUGUCCCAAAUCACGAAGAGGUCACCAUGGCAGAACUCAGGCUGUUCACCCUGCUGGAUAACAGGACAACCUCAACCUCUAUCAAUGGGAUCGGGGCUUCCAUAAAGGUCUAUGAAGUGGAGUAUAAAGGGAACAAGGCCAUUGUCCACCUUGUGGAUGGGAAAGAGGUCAUUGGGACCCAUCACUCUUGGGAAACUUUUGAAGUGACCACUGCCAUCCAGAAUUGGGUCAAGUCGGACCGCGGGGCCAGUGAGUUUGAAGUGGUAGUCGACAGGUGGGACUGUGGGCCUUUCAAAGGCGGAGGUUUGGACGUGAGCGUGGGUGUGGGUGUGAGGGAUAACACGGCAGCUGCUUUGAUCGUCUUCUCUGACGACCUGGGGAGCAGGAAGAGAGAGGCCAAGAAGGAGCUGAGGGAGAUGAUAGUUCAUGAGGAAGAGACACUCUUCUCAGGGAGCGACUGGCAAGGGACCGACUACAAUGAGAUCCCCUUGGACUUACACCCCAGGCGGAAGAGGCAGGCGGACACCAACUACUGCCGACGGACCUCCAUGCGAGUCAACUUCAAAGAUAUCGGCUGGGACCAGUGGAUCGUAGCGCCCCCUGAGUAUGACGCCUUUGAGUGUAGAGGGGUGUGUUACUACCCCCUGACUGACGACAUGACCCCUUCCAAACACGCUCUCAUCCAAACCCUGGUCAAUCUCAAGAACCCCAAAAAAGCCAACAUGGCGUGUUGCGUUCCCACAAAACUGGACCCCAUCACGGUCAUGUACCAGGAGAAUGGUGUCAUCACUAUACGACACCCGUACGAGGAGAUGAAGGUGGCAGAGUGUGGAUGUAGGUAGUGAGAGGUAACAGCCAUGGUGGUCCCCUUUAACCCUUACUGUAAAUCUGUACAGUUCUGUUGUAAGAUGCAUUUGAGUUAUUUUAUUGAGUAUAUGUUCAGCAAAUGCACAGUCUGUCUAGAAUAGCAAUAAAGCCUAUGAUACAAUAUUUAUAAAUUAUUUCUGAGCAUUAUCAUUAUUAUUAUUAGGGUUUUAGAAAAAAAUAUAGAUCAUAAAUUGGAUCUACAGAUGUAGGAUCUUAAUUAGGGGCGCAUGCAAAGCAAUACACAACUCUAGAUUUCUUACAUACUCAUAUUAUUAUUAUUAUUUAAUUUAUUCUGUUCUCUCAGACGCUUAAACGACUUAAGCUAUUAACACGAAACCAACGUCCCAAUGUGCAGACUGCCCCAACAGACCGGCCACCAUUAGCAUAAAAUAACUCACCAACAAUAACUCUUGAAACGUUCAAGCUGGAGACACCAAACCAACAUUCACAUUUCCAGACUAUUCUAAUUUCAGAUUCUUUAAAACUUUAAUCAAACUAGAACGAUAAACAUUUGCAUAAAUUAGCAUAAAAUAACUCACCGACAGUAACUCUUGAACAGUACAAGUUAGAGACACUAAACCAACUGUCACAUGUUCAGGCUAUUGUAACUUCACAUUCUUUCAAAUCGUAAUCAAGGAUAACUAUAUAAAUGUGCAUACGUUGACAUAAAAUAACCCACUGACAGUAACUCUUGAACCAUUUCAUCUAGAGGCACCAAACCAACGUCCACAUGUUUGGGCUAUCCUAAUUUCAGAUACUUAAAAACUUGUAUCAAUUAUAACUAUAUACAUGUGCAUUCAUUUGCAUAAAAUAACUCACCAACAGUAACUCUUGAACCGUUCAAGCUAGAGACACCAAAACAACUUUCUCAUGUUCAGUCUAUCCUAACUUUAAAUUCUGAAAAUCUUGUAUAAACUAUAAAUAUAAACAUUUGCAUAAAAUAGCAUAAAAUAAUCAACCAACAGUAACUCUUCAGCCAUUCAAGCUAGAGACUCUAAACCUACUUUCACAUGUUCAGGCUAUCCUAACUUCAAAUUCUUUAACACAUGUAUCAACUAUGACUGAAUAAAUGUGAAUAAAAUAACUCCCCAACAGUAAGUCUUAAACUGUUCAAGCUAUAAAUACCGAAGCAACAUUUAGAUGUUCAGGCUAUCCUAACUUGCAAUUCUUAAAAACGUUCAUAACGAUAAAUAUGUGCGCACAUUUGCAUAAAAUAACUCACCAAAAGUAACUCCUCAACUGUUCAAGCUAUAGGCACCAAACAAACAUUCACAUGUUCACGCUAUCCUAACUUCAAUUAUUUAUUUAUUUUUUAACUAUAACUAUGUACAUUUGCAUACAUUUACAUAAAAUAACCUACCAACAGUAACUCUUGAACUGUUCAAGCUAGAUACACCAAACCAACAUUCACAUGUUCACGCUAUUGUAUCAGUCAAUCAAUCCUUCACCAGCUAGCAUGCACAUCACAUUUUCUUCAGGAAAUGCACUUUUCUAGUUUGAUCAUUCUUUUGUUGCUGAGGAUUUUCCUGCACGGCAGGAAAUGCAAACUUGUAGUGUAUUUGAGUUUUUAAAAGGAUUCUAAAGUUUGUAAUUUCCUCUUUGACAUUUCAGACUUGAUUUGCCCGAACGAAAAAUGUAGCAAUAAUUAUAAUACAAUCCACAUAAUAAUUCACAUUUCUUGUUGCUGCAGGAUUAUUUUCCUGCUGUAGCAAACUGGCUCAAAUUAAGAUCCUACAUCUGUAUUAAGUCUGUGUGCAUCUAUAGUUUGAUAUCUAUAACAAAAUUAUCAUGAUAUCUAAAGAGUUUGUACAUAAUGUUGUUUAUUUAUUAGUUGGCUAUGAGGACUAUCUUGCUCUACAAGUUUUAUGGAAUUAGAUUUUGAAGUAUUUUUAUAGCAGGGAAUUUCUGAUUAUGACUUCUAAAUUAUUGCUUUGAAUUAAAUAUGGAUUGUUCUCAUUAGUUUCAUAUUAGAGUCAGAGAUUGUGGAUUAUAGGUAAAGGUUGUACUAUUACAUAACAGUGCAUUUCUGUGCUGCAGUUGUACUAUAUGAAUAUUCAAUGUGCAUUUAUAAAGUUCAACUUUUGGGGAAGUUCUUCAUUGAAUAAUGUGUAAAGAGCGCACUCUACAGGUGAACAAUAAACAGUUGUCUCAACACAUUCAUAAAACUUAAAA